CCGCUCUAACUGAGUCCGUAUUGAUAGAGAAUCAAACGUUCUGCUUGUUAGCUCUCAGAUGAAACGCGAAUUCCACCAAAAUUGCAACUUUUUUGUUGCAUCAUAAGCAACCAAAAACGGUCGGAUAAACUUUGGGUGGUUUGAUGCUCUUUUAAAAGGCUUUGUAUUGAUUACGCAAAGUUAAUUUCUUGUGAUUGCGUGCCAUUGAGGCUGGAAGUUUUCCCUGGACAGAAAGUCAGGAUGUCUGAAAUCUCUGUGAAUGACCAUCUGGAGGGCAUUUUGUCUGAUUUUGAGGCUCUGAAGAGGUCCUUUGAUAUUGAUGACGUGAACGAUAUCCCCACAUUCUCCCAUACAUCUUCAGUAACAUAUCCUAUCAGCCCAGGUGCAAUCCUCAACAAGACAAAUGAUGUGAGGAAUCCAGGGAACCAAGUGUCUCCUCCUUACUGCUCCAGGAUUAAUAUCAGCUGCAGUCCAGCCCAGAGCCCUGUUAUGAGAAACAGGAUGGUGUCCAGUCUCUCCUUCAACCGAGGGACAAUGGGAAAGCCCACCAUCAACGCCAACACCGGGAUCAACCGAGCUGCCUCUUUUCAGAACAAAUUUAACCCUAAUGGCUUCAUUACAUCUUCAGGGCCAGGAAGUGACAAUGAGAGUCUCCAUAGCUCCUCUUCCAGUCUAGAGUACCAGGCCUCUUCUAAAGUCUGCAGCUACACCAGCCCUCCCCAGAGCCCCAUUGGUGUUGAGGAAUACAAGGCCCAAUGUUUGGGCAGCCCAGCCCUAAAUAAGUUUUCAUCCCAUGGAAACAUGUUUCAUUCAGAGCUGGAAGGCCCUAUUGUUGUUCCGACUGACCCCAUUGAUAUGAACCAUAGCUCUAUGCCUUCUCUGGACCUCCAGAUGGCAGAGACCCCAGGAAUGAGACGAGUUGUUUCACCUGGAUCAAGACUCACCAGUGCAGGUGCACAGUGGAACACAAGUCCUCAUCACAUCCAAAACAGCAGCCCUUUCGCAAGGGACAUUUCUCUAAACCAACAGUCUCCUAAACCAAAAGAGCCGGUGCGCCUCAACAAAUUCCCUCUUGACCUUGAAAGCCUGGUCUUCAAGUCUGAGGAGGAAUCCCUGGCAGCACCUAAACCACCACCAAGAUUUCACCCACUGACCAACAGCCCCACUAUGUCGGCUAGUCCCUCUGCAUCCAUCAGCAGCCUCGAUAGCACUGACAUACCCAUGGCUCUCAGCAACAACAUAGAAAAAAGGGAGCCCUUCACUCCUUCUGGAGCCAUCCCAGUCCCCAACAUCAGCGAAUCUCCUGCCCUGUUGUCUCCAGCCCAAACUCCUCAGUUCAACAUAGUCUGUAAACCCCAAGUGGUCCAGGUGGCCCCUGCCUCUCCUCCCCUGUCAGGACAGAUGGAGAAUAACAGGAAAAUAAAUCAGAAUGAGAUCCAUGCCAAGGAAAGUGUGGGUUCCAUAUUACAGAGAAUUUCCUCUUUCUCCAGAGUGGAUACUAAGGCCUCAGUGUCUGAUCCAAAUCCUGUUAUCCCCCUGAGUAAUGGUGUCAAAAAAGACUCACCUCCAAUACAACGCAAGGAGCUCAAGAGAUCAGAGGACACGACACAGGAGCAGGGCUUGGAUCUGGAGCCAUCUGUCCGGAUGGAGGAGGAGAAGGAGGUCAUGGAGGAGAGGGAGAUGGAGAUAGAACAUCCUCCACCAUGCCUCAAUGAACCUGACACACAAGGCAUUAUUAAGGGCAAAGAUCUAUUCGGAUAUGUCGGCAUUGAGGCGGUGCUGGACCAGAUGAGACGCAGAACCAUGAAGGCUGCCUUUGAAUUCAAUAUCAUGGUUGUUGGUCAGAGCGGUCUGGGGAAGUCGACGCUUGUAAACACACUCUUCAAGUCCAAGGUCAGUCGGAAGUCCUGCACUCCCAAUUAUGAAGAGAAGAUCUCAAAGACUGUCCACCUGCAAUCAGUCAGCCACAUCAUCGAGGAGAAAGGGGUGAAGAUGAAGCUGACAGUGAUUGACACACCUGGAUUUGGAGACCAAAUCAACAAUGAGAACUGCUGGGAGCCCAUUGUAAAAUAUGUUGAUGAACAGUAUGAGAAAUACCUGAAGGAGGAGCUGAAUAUCAAUAGGAAGAGAAGAAUCCCUGACACUCGUGUUCACUGCUGCGUCUACUUCCUGCCAGCCACUGGACACUGGUUACGCCCCAUAGAUGUGGAGUUUAUGAGGAGACUUGGGAAGAUAGUGAGCAUCGUCCCUGUAAUCGCCAAAGCAGACACACUCACUCUAGAGGAACGGCUAGAGUUCAAACAGAGGAUAAGACAAGACCUCCAGGCCAAUGGGAUCAGAGUGUAUCCACAGAGAGAAUAUGAUGAGGAUGCUGAAGACCGAAUACUCAACGAUAAGAUUAGGGAAAACAUCCCCUUUGCAGUAGUGGGAACAGAUAAGGAACACCAGGUGAAUGGUAACAAAGUGUUGGGAAGAAAAACAAAGUGGGGGAUCAUUGAAGUUGAAAAUGUUGCACAUUGCGAGUUUGCACUCUUGAGAGAUCUUCUUAUUAGGUCCCAUCUGCAAGAUUUGAAGGACGUCACUCACAACAUCCACUAUGAGACCUACAGAGUGAAAAGACUCAACGAAAGCAAUGCCAAUGGACUGGCUCUUUCACCUUUGACCCUGGAGAAUGGUACCCUAGAGAAAAGCGAAGCAGAGAGUCACCUUUGAAUGGAACGGAGCUCAACAAGUGCACACGUACGCCCUUAGUCUGUCCCACCUCUGUCUAAAUGGGAGAGAUGAACAUUUCACUUCUAGAUUGUCAUUGAUGGAAAAUUUACACAUUUGACUAAAGACUUUUCUGCUUAGGCAUGUAAACUUCAUUUAUGAGUCUAUUUUUUAAAUGAAUCUAUAUUAUGUGGAUGGAUCUGGGAUAUAGGCCUGGGAAAGAAUAAUGGGUAGAAUUGAACCAGGUUUUUGCAAAGAUAAUUUUUCUCUCUAUUUUUUUUCUCUCUCACUCUCUCUUGUUCUUUAUCUUUUACACAUUUCAAGUGUUUUCUGUUCAUGCUCUAUUGAAUGAAUGGCUUGGAGGGUUGGCAUAUUGGAGAACUUGUCCUACAUGCCUGACACCCUCACUGGAAAAGAAAAAUCCCAUAAUCCCUCUCUGUGCUACUUUGACUAUUUACACUGAACUAGCAAUGUGUCAUACUCUUUUGGCUCAUUUAUUUUCAGAAGUAAUUAUUCUAGAUUUUAUUUUUUACAGUCAAAUAUGAUCUUUGUUCUUUUUUAAAGAAGAGAAAAAAGAGAGAAAAAAACACUUUAGACAAAUAUUUUUGUUACCACAGCUGCUUUAGAGCUUAAGGUAUUUUCUUAACAGAUACUUUAAAAUGUCUUCUUACUGCUUAUCCAUGAAUGACUGCUGUGAGGAAACCCAGUGUGCUGAUAUAAUGAUGAAUAUUUCAAAUAGAACCAUUGACUUGUGAGGAACCACUAUCUAUUUUACUACUAUCGAUCUUUUCUAAUUCAGUAAUGGAUAAAGGAAUGAGAAAAUGGGUAAAGUUUUGGUAAAGUUGUCCAUGUCAAUACUUUUGUUUGACAUACAGUAAUAGGUCAAGUUUACAGCUGUCACCUGUAGGGAUGUUUUUUUUUUCCUUCUUCUUUUUUUCUCAUAUCCCAGCUUAAAGGGAUAGUUCACCUUUAAAAAUUCUGUAAUUUACUUAUUACACUCAUUGCAUCUUUUUUUUUUUUUUUUUUUUCAUACAAUGAAAGUGAAUAGUGACUGAAGUGAACAUUCUUCCUAAUAUCUUCUUUUGUGCUCCAUGGAUGAAAGAAAGUUACAUGGGUUUGAAACAACAUGAGGGUAAGUAAAUGACAACAGCAUUUUUAUUUUUAGGUGUCCCUUUCCCUUUAAUGUGAAGAGUUGGCUAUAAGUAAGCAAUUUGUAAGUUGAUUGCUCUGAAAAGUAUAAAAACUGUGGCUCUGUGGCACUAUCAGAACAAGCUCUUCUUGUUUGAGCAUUCCAACCAUCCCAACAUGGCAACAUUGGCUCAACCAAUGGUGUGAGUUUGGGGUGGGACUAUCUGUCCGACAAACCAGUGGCAGAUGGGGAAUGUUCAAGAAACCUGUUUGAAAACAAUCAUUAUUCUCGCAAUUCCACUUGGUGACAGUAGUGGUGCAAAAUUUACACACUUCACCUUUAACUUACUGUUUAAAGGUGCACACUGUCCUAUUUACUUUCCUUCACUGCUUGUCCAGAGUCUGCUUAUAUACUGUACAUAACCAUAUUGUGUUUUUAUUUUCUAUCACACCAUCACGUUUUUUUACUCAACAUGUAUUAACAGCUUCAUCAUGAUUUCCUUGUUAUCAAUAUUAAUGUACAUGUAAACACCAUUGAUUUAUGAUAAAAAAUAAUAAUAAUAA